AUGGUUGAAUAUUUUGUGGACCACCGUCAGAUGCAAGUUAAUGAACUUGCUGCAUCACUAAGUCAGUUGGCAAGCGAAAAGAACCUUGUAUAUCAGUCACUAGAUCAAAUUGAAAUACAGAAUCAGUCACGCCGUAAGAUACUCAAAAAGUUACUUUCGUUUAUGACAAUUGGAUUAGAUUUAUCCCAAUUAUUCCCACAUGUUGUUAUGAUAUCAUCCACUAGUGACCCUGUGCAGAAAAAGAUAAUUUAUCAGUAUAUUAUGGAGUAUGCUGGUUCAAACGAGGAUCUUGCAAUACUUGCUAUCAAUGCCAUGCAAAAGGAUUCAAAAGACCCAGAUCCAUCAAUACGUUCAUUGGCCAUAAAAAGCUUAUGUGCCCUAAAGACCAUCAAUUACUCCUUGCCUAUUGUUAAAAAUGCCCUAUCUGACACCAGUUUUAUCGUACAGAAUGCAGCAAUAAUUGGUUCUAUUCGCUUAAUGUUACAAGAAUAUGAUUUGUCAAUACCUGUUUUGUCUAAAUACUUACGUAAAUCUAUCAAUUCAGAUAAUACAUCGGUAGUAUUUAAUGCCUUUUUUGCCAUCUCAUAUAUGGAGCAACUCAAGGGGUUCCCCGUUGAGUUGUCAAGGAUGUCAACAUUACACCUAAUAAACACGUUUAAAUACUUUAAUGAGUGGAAUCAAAACAUGUUACUUAAUAUAUUUUCUACCUUCAAACCACAAAGUGAAGAAGAAUUAUUUAACAUUUUAAAUCAGUUGGAUUAUCUACUCUCAUUGAAUUCAACAUCACUGGUUCUUGGUUGUUCCAAAUGUUUCUUGAUGUGGACAAAAGAUUAUCCAAAUUUAUCAUCUCAUAUUAUUAAACGAAUAUCAAAGCCACUAAUCACUCUAGCAUCCACUAGCUGCCCUGAGUCUGCCCAUAUUAUCUACGAGCAUUUGUUACAGAUUAUUUCAAAUAUAACAGCUGAGGAUAAAUUGAUAUUUGAUGAAUCGUUUAUCUUAUUUUACUUGAAACAUAAUGACACAUCGCAAAUUCAAUCUCUCAAGCUACAAAUUUUAUCUGAGAUUAUUAAUGAUGGGAAUUAUGAAUUUAUAUUAGAGCACAUACAAUUUUACCUCAAUUAUCAGUCAAUUUCAGAACAAAUAUUUCCAAUUAUGGUAAAAAUAGGUAUUAAAUAUCCGGACACGGUGGAUGGGAUACUUGAUUUACUAAAAACAUGUUUAGAGUUUGAAAACAAAGACAUCGUAAGCUAUUCUAUGGAAUCUAUUAAACAUCUAGUGAUUUAUUACCCUAAGUACGCUACUAAUGUUCUAUUGCACAUUGAAGAUAUUAAACAAUCUCUUACUACAUACAAGUCUAAGGCAUCAUAUAUUUCACUGAUUGGCGAAUUUGGCCAUGAUGUAGACACUAGUCCUUAUGUAAUUAGUGAAUACCUUGAAUUAUGUGUUCUUGGCAAUAAGUACGAGUGCGAUUUUAUUACAUUUGUGGAAGAGCUACUAGUUGCCAGUGUCAAACUUUUCAUUACUCGAUCUCCAGAAAUAGUUGAAUCACUUACUAAGAUAAUUGGGUUUAUUGUAGAAGACAAUAUAUGUCCUUACUUAAUUGAUCGUUCUGGUUUAUACUACAAAUUGUUACAUUGUGAAGAUACAACAACACUCAGUAAUUUGAUUUUUGGGGCUAAAAUACAUUACUCAACGCAGUCAAAGUAUAAAUCGCAAAACUGGGUAAAUAGCUUCAAUACUAACUGUACUCUGCAACAGCAGGUCGAUAAUAUUGAUUCAUCCCUCGUUUUAGAUAAAAUCAGUAAUGAUAAUUCAUUCAUAAGUGUAUGCCACGUAGAUUCGGUGCAUGACAUAUUUAAUCCAUUGAAGAUACCACGAUUAAUCAAGCCAAAAUCAAUUACACCUACUGACUUUGAAGACAAAUGGGUUGUUCUCGAUGGGCCAAAGGGCCAAUCAUACAAAUUUAAUAAAGCAAUAAUUAACCCUGUUUGUGGAAUAGAUUGUUAUAAAAUGGACAAAUCGCAUAUUGACAAUACGCUUAGUGAAAUGAAUAUCGGGAUUAUUGCGUCCGGCCAUACGGAAUCUGAGAUUAAAUAUUUUUUGUAUUGUUCUGAUGAAAUGGGCAGCGAUUACUAUAUGCAAUUAAUAGUGGAUGAUCAGAUUAAUAUUUUAUGCAAAACAAUCACUGCCACGGAUAGUGAAUGCGUAGAAAUUUUGCUAAAGCUUAUUUACGAAAAAAUUAUGGAAUCCCAACAAUGA